AUGGUCCUGGAACGCGCUGUGCCGGGGCGCAAUCUCAACAACUUCCGCCACGCCGUGCGCCGAUUGGACGAGGUCUCCCUCCUCGCGCGCGGGCGCGAACGGCGGGACGCGCUUGCGCGCUGGCUGGCUGCGCUCAAAGAGCUCUCCGACAACGAUCACGCGGACGGGAUGGCCUACGCGGAGGAGUUGGCGCAGGGCGCGCAGGCGGACGGCGCACAGGGGGAGGGCGCGCAGGGGGAAGACGUUCCCGCGCACAUUCCCGGGGUGGACGCGCCCCCAGAGGCAACGUUAGGGGAAGGGGAAGGCGGAGGGAUUGGGGGAGGCACGGGAGGGGAUACCGGCGCGGGAGGAGGAGGGGGGAAAGAGGUGGGGGGGACAGGCGCGCGGAGGUUGCCGAGUCCGCGGGUGCAGGUGGGGAGUUUCAACAGUGGGCCUGGAGCGCUUGCCUGCAUGCGUGCGUGCUACUCAUCCAUCCAUCCAUGCCACCCCAUUGUCCCAACCAACCAAUCCGUUCUAGCCAUGCAUGCAUACACAUGCACCCUGCCCCCCUCCCCUCCUGCCCCACCCCACACACACAUACACUCCCUCCCUACACACAUGCACCCAUCCCACCCACCCCCUCUUCCCCCUCUCCUCCCCUCCCUACGCACACAUACUCUUUUUCACUGCGUGCUCGAGCAUCAGUCGCCAGUGUCUCCCCUUCCCUCUCCCCCAAUUCUUACCUUUCCUCCUAUCAACCUUCGCAUACCUCCUAUUCCCUCCGCUUACCCCCCUCGUCUCCUCUCCCCCUCCCUGCCCCCACAUAACCCCACACCCCCUUCCGAAAUCCCUCUUCCCACUCCCUGCCUCCCCGCACCUUUCCUCUCCCUCCUUCCCUCAUCGCCUUCAGGGAGCACGACACCUCCAAGCGGCAUGGAGGACCACUCCGACGACUUCAUAAAGUUGCAGGUGUUAUUCCACGAUGCGGCCAAUCCCGGCGUGCCGCUCACCUUCAGGGAUGUCUUCCUGUGCAGCAAAGCCCUUGAGAACAUCGUCGUCUCCUUUAUAAUGGAGCCACCAUCCCCCCAGGAGGAGCAGAUGCUGGCAGACAUGUUCGAUCUGUGUCUAUCAGGCGACCAUCAGCUGCACUCAUCGCUCCUCAACGCCAUCACACAGCUCUCCAACUCCUUCUCCUCCUACUCCGAGGUCAAGAUGAGUCGGAAGGAGUUGCUGCGAAUGGCGUCUGAUGCAGUGGCAGGGCUGAAGCUCGACGCACAGCUGCAGAGGCUGGAGGCGGAGGAGGAGAGGAUAAAGCAGCUCAUGGAUGAGAAGAUGGAGACUCUUUCGCUUCGCUCCCUCUCCCGCUCGCUCUCCCACUCGCUCUCCCACUCCUCUCCCCGUCCUCCUCCUUCCCCUGCUGCUGCCGCCUCUGCCGCUACUGCUCCCUCUGCUGGUGCUGCUGCCGCAGCCGCUACUGCUGCCGCUGCCGCGACCACUGCUGGUAGUGGUGGUGGUGGUGAUGGUGGUGGUGAUGGUGAUGCCCCCCCCCCCCACCUGUUCGUCAGCACUGUUCCUUCCUACAUCCCCUCUCUCUUCCACACCGCCAUCCCCCCCUCCCGCGCUCCCCCCAAUUUCCCACCCCCCCUAUUUCGCACCCUUCCCCGUUAUCCCCUCUCGGCCUUCCCCCCCCCCCCACCCCCCCCCCCCCCCCCUUCUCUCCCCUUAUGCGCCCUCUUCCUUGCCCCGCUCUCCCCCAACCAAACCCAGGACGUGCAGGCGACAGAGGCGCUGUUCUCGCUGGCAGCAGCGCUGGCGUCCGUGGUGCGGCGCAAGGAGCAGCUGCGCCACCGGGGGGACAGCGCUGCCGCUCGAAUGGUGAAGGUGCGUGCGUGCGUGCUUGCGUGCGGCACUGACACUGACACUGGCAGGGCCGCAGGGGAGGGGGCGGUUCUGGGUGCUGGCGUGGAGGGCUGGGCUGGGGUUGGAGUGCUGGGGUGUAAUGUGUCUGCUUUUGAGUUGAUUCAAAAGGAGGAAGCGGUUCUGGGUGCUGGAGUGGAGGGCUGGGCUGGGGUUGGAGUGCUGGGGUGUAAUGUGUCUGCUUUUGAGUUGAUUCAAAAGGAGGAAGCGGUUCUGGGUGCUGGCGUGGUGGAGCGCACGAGGGAGCUAGCAGCCGAGCUGGCUAAUUUCAUGGACGACUUUGAGGCCAAGAUCGCAGAAUGCAGGCAGCAGCGGCAGGAGGCAGUGACGUACCGCACGAGCAAGGAGGAGGAGGUGAUGGAAGUAGAGAAAGGGAUCACAGACGAGCUGCAGGCGCUGCACCAGCGGCGCAGGGAGAUCGAAGAGCAGCUCAAGGAGGUGGACGAUGCGAUAGCAGCAACGACGCGGAGGCACAUCCAGAUGCAGGAGGAGAAGGAGCAGUUUGACUUGGCCAGCAAUGGGCUGCUGGGCUCGCUGGAGGCCGAGGAGGAGCAUCUGAACACGAUGCAGCAGCAGCACCAGCAGGACGCCAAGACGCUGUUCGGCUGGAUGGGCUUCCUGGAAGAUUCCUGGAAGAUGCAGCUUCUCUACAUGGAGAGCAAGGACCAGACCUUUAAGCAAUCCCUGGCGGACCUGUCGUCACGUCUGAGGACCAUAGCUGCUCCGCAUCUACUCGUGUGCAUGGGCAACAUGAGGGCAUCGCUCACAGCGCUACAAGCAGCGGCCUCUUCUCUCUCAGCCAUUGACACAACCCCGAGUGAGGACGAAGGGGGUGCAAAGCUGCUGCCAACGACUGGCGGCGAGCGCAUGAGAGCAGAAGAGAAAUACCUACAAGCAGAAUCACAGGUUUAUCCUUUUCCCCCUCUUAAUGUGGUGUGUGGCAACCUCAACUCAGCCCAACCCGAGCAGUGGCGAUGGCAGAUAAAGCACGGGCUGAGUGGGAGCAUCUCAACUCUCUGCCCCUGUUCCCAGAGGGCAGUGACGACCCUGACCACAGGCAGCUAG